AUGUCAACAGAUUAUGAACAAGAUUUAUUAGAUGAUUUAGAUAGUUCUAAUGAUGAACAAGAAGAAUUACAAGAGACAAAUAAUCAAGUCGAACAACAAGAUGUGGAUAAUUCUAUUGAUUUUAAUAUUCAAUUACAACAAUUAAUUGAAUCUAAUUCUUCAAAUAUCAUUAAUGAUUUAAUUGAACCAGAUAUUGAAAAUUUAAAUGAUAAUGAUUUAAUUAAAUUAUCAAAAAUUUAUCCAUUAAUUCCUCAAUUAAAACAAAAAAUCAUUCAAUAUUCUAAUGAACAAGAAUUAGAUUAUUUAGAAUUAAUAGCAUCAACAUUAUCCAAUAAUAAUAAUAACAACUUUAAUGAUAAUUCUCAAGAAUAUAAAUUUAUUUUAUUAAUUAAUGAAUUAUCAACAAUUAUUAAUAAUGAAAUUGAUCGAUUUCAUACAUUAAUUAAAUUGAAAUAUAAUUUAAUUUUCCCAGAAUUACAAUCAUUAAUUAUUAAUAAAAUUGAUUAUAUCAAAUUAAUUAAAAUUUUUAAACAAGAUUUAUCUAAUAUAAAAUCUUAUGAAUCACAAAUGAAAUUAAUUAUUAAUAAUGAAAAAGUAUUAGUUAUUAUAAUGGCAGCAUUACAUCAAGUAUCAAAUAAUAAUUCCAAUAACCUACUAUCAAAUCAAAUUAUGAAUAAAAUUUUGUUAGCCAUUAAUAUAAUUGAACAAUUGAAUGAUUUAUUACAAUUAUUAUCCAAUUUCAUAUCAGAUAAAUUAGCCAAAUUUGCUCCUAAUGUAUCUGCCAUUGUUGGUCCAAUAACAACUUCACAAUUAUUAAUUGCUACUGGAUCAUUAAAACAAUUAGCAUUAACUCCUUCAUGUAAUAUUGCUUCCUUGGGAGUAAGAGAUUUAUCCACUAAAAAAAAAAAUUUGGACCAUAAUUCUCAUAGUAAAAAUGUUAGACAAACAGGUUAUAUAUAUCAUAGUGAAUUGAUAAAAUAUAUCCCAAUAGAUAUAAUUCGAUCAGUAAUGAGAAUAAUUAGUGGGAAAAUUGUUUUAGCAGCAAGAAUUGAUUUAUCUAAAUCUAAUCCAAAAGGUGAAUUAGGUGAGAAAUAUAAACAAGAAAUUUUAAUUAAAAUUAAUAAAUUAUUAACUCCACCUCAACAAACAAUUGAUAAAUCAUUACCAAAACCAAUUGAAAUGAAAUCUAAAAAGAGAGCUGGAAGAAAAUAUCAAAAAUUACGAGCUAAAUUUGAAAUGUCAGAAUUAAGAAAAGCUCAAAAUAAAUUACAAUUUGGUAAACAAGAAGAUACCAUAAUAAAUGGAUUAGGUGAAGAAAUUGGUUUAGGAAUGAUAAAAUCUGGUGGUAAUGGGAUAUCUAUAUCAUCAGGAAGAAUUAGAAAAUUACCCACUGGCAAUAAUAAUAAUAAUAAUAAUAAUAAUAAUAAUGGUAAAAGUAACACCACUAAAAAUAAUCUUAAUGUAUCGAAAAAUAUGAUGAAUCGAUUAAAUGAAAAGAAAGAAAUUAAUCCUAUUAAAGCAUUUGAUGAAUUUAAUCUUGAAUUGUUUUUCAAACCAGAAAAGACCACACUUGGAACUUCAUCAGCAAUUACUAAAACCAAUAAUAAUAAUAAUAAUAAUAAUGAUGAUGAUGAUAAACUGACUCAUUCUAAUAAAUGGUUGAAUGGAUUUACCAAUAAAAAAUAA